AAAGACUUUCCAAAUAACGUUAUUUUCAACCACUCAUUCCCGACUUUCUUUCCUGCAAAAUCGCCGGAAUUAUGUCUACCGCCGUCGCAGAUGCUGCAAGCCAGCCAGCUGAGAAACCUGCCUAUGGAAUGCGCAAAAACGGAAAGCAAUGGCACGCUUUGAAGAGCGCAUUCCGCCCGAAAGCUGGCAACGAUACGUAUGAGAAGCGAAAUGCGGAGAGAGUGGCCAUGAACGUUGUGAAGGCAAAGGAGAAGGAGAUGAAGGAAGAGAAGGAAGCCGAGCGUCAAAGGAGGAUAACAGCGCUCAAGGACAAGCGUGCUGCGAAGGAGGAGAAGGCGCGAUACGAGAAGCUAGCAGAGACAAUGCACAGGAAGAGAGUGGAGAGGCUGAAGAGGAAGGAGAAGAGGAACAAGAUGAUCAAGUCAUGAGGGAGAGAUUGCAUCGAUAAGCUGUAUACAUGGAUUGCGGGCGUAAUUAUGCAGAGAAUGGCGUUGGGGAUUUUGAUUCGGGCAUUAGUUGAAGGGAUACAAGCCUAACGAUGAUAUAUGAAAUGUCAAAGAAGCUCACUCUCACUGGAUUAAUUCCGCACCCACUACAAUAUUACUGAGUGUGAUAGUAGUUUGCGAUAUCCCAUAAUCUAUUGGUUUUGAACUGGCAGUCAAAAGAGAUCUGGGCUGAUAAAGAGGGAUUUGGUGGUUCUCAUUUGGGUUUGAAACAAGGCCUAUCAGCCUUGCUACUGCGGGACCUGUGGACAAGUCCCACCACUGGUACAAACUAUAGCUCAUAUAUUGUUGAAAGCUACUUAUACUGGCUUGAAUUUGAUUAUUUCCGGC